CAAGAAGUCUGUGUUCUCUCUCUCACACACACACACACACACACUCGUGAUUGAGCCGAACACUGAUCUACAUUCCCUGCCAGCUCGAGUUCUCCAGCAGUCCUCAUCCAUGCAGCAUCAUCUUCACGCGCAGUGAGACUUUCCACAGGAGCGCUGAGAGAAAGCUCUUCACAGGGAGAGCAGGUGUGUGUGUGUGUGUGUGUGAGGCUGGCCACAAGGCCCAGAAGAGGUCAACCAAAUACACCAUGUCCACUGGGAAAAAUGCACCUGCUACAACAAACUCCAGACAGAUGUCCCUACAGGCCAGUCUCGACGAAUGCAUGGAGGCCUUGGAUCUGUUCCUCAACAACCACUUCAAUGAGAGUUUGGACAAACUACGGCCACGGUGAGAGGAGUCUUUCUGUCUUCACCAGUUUCUCCUCCCCUCCAGUAUCUGUGGCUAAGGAGAGCAUGUAUCACGCUCUGAUCUAUGCCACGGUGUUAGAGAUGCAGGCCAUGAUGACCUUCCAACAAGACGACAUAGUGCAUGCUGGGAACACGAUGAAGAGGGCUCAGGAGGUGUGCCAGAGGUUCCGUAGGAAGUCUGGUGGUCUUGGGAGCCGAGGAGCAAAUGAUGAUCUUUCAGAAGAGCAGCUCCAUGCUGAAGUGUGUUACGCCGAGUGUUUACUGCACCGAGCCGCUCUCACAUUCUUACAGGAUGAGAAUAUGGUUAGUUUUAUUAAAGGAGGAAUCAAAAUACGGAACAGUUACCUCAUAUACAAGGAGCUAAGCGCAUUCGUCCAAUCAGACACCGCUUUCAAAGGACCGAACCACAAGCAUUUAGAGGGCGGAGUCUCUUUUGGGAUUGGGGCUUUCAAUUUGACUCUUUCACUGUUUCCUGCCCGGAUACUAAAACUGCUAGAGUUUGCUGGCUUUUCUGGAGACAAGGAAUUUGGCAUCUCUCAGCUGUACACGGGUGCCACCUCUCAUACCCUGCGCUCCAUGCUGUGCGCCCUCCUCCUGCUUUGUUUCUACACCUUCCUCUCCUUUAUUUUAGGUACUGGAGAGGGGGAGGUGGAAGAGGCAGAGCGACUAUUGAAGCCAUUUCGACUGCGAUACCCACGGGGAGCGAUUUUCCUCUUCUUUGCAGGUCGAGCCGAAGAAAUAAAGGGCAACAUUGAUGAGGCGGUGGCGCUGUUUGAGGACGGCUGUAAGGCCCAGCAGGCCUGGAAACAGUUUCAUCACAUGUGCUACUGGGAGCUGAUGUGGUGCUUCACAUUUAAGAAGCACUGGAAGAUGGCGUAUUUCUACGCAGACCUGCUCAGCCAGGAGAGCCGCUGGUCUAAGGCCAUGUACGUGUACAUGAAGGCAGCUUAUCUCAGCAUGCUUCCAGACACAGAAUCAAGGCCGUUUGGGGAUAAUGAAGUGGAUCUCUUUAGACAGGUACCAACAUACAGACAGAAGAUAGCAGGUAAAUCUCCACCCACAGAGAAGUUUGCCAUUCGUAAAGCGAGACGGUACAAAGCUAGCAAUCCAAUCAGACUUCCUGUGCCUGUGCUUGAGAUGAUGUACAUGUGGAAUGGUUUCUCCAUGAUCAGCAAACAGCCUGAGCUGACGGAGGGCAUGAUGGAGACGCUGGUAGAAGCAGAGCGCACCCUUCAGGCAGCUCCAGAGAAUGAGUACUCUGUGGAUGACACGUGUGUGAUCCUGCUUCUGAAAGGCCUGUGUCUGAAGAACCAAGGCCAGACGCAGGCGGCAGAGGACUGUUUCAAACAGGUUUACAGCAGUGAAAAGAAGGUGAAGUUUGAUCAUUACCUGGUUCCUAACGCUCUGCUGGAGAUGAGUCUCCUGUACAUCGACACGGGGAGGAAAGAGCAAGCCAUCCAUCUACUGCAGAAAGCCAAGAAAAACUACAAGGAGUACUCAAUGGAGUCUCGUACACAGUUCAGGGUCCACGCGGCCCUCACUAAACUUAAAGCUGACACCAAUGACCAAGAUGAAAUAACAACAUUGUGAGGAAAGAUGAUCCUGAGUCGACCAGAGCAGAGUUGGGAGAACGAAAGACCAAAGACACGGUGUAGUUUUUAUGCAUUGGUACUGCCCAAUGUUAAACCGUUUCAUUUUUUGGGGGCGGUAUUAUGGGAAACACUAAAAACUUCAUUUGUACGUUCUCCUCCAGGAGGUUAGGUGCCAAAUUGAUGUUUAUUUUAGAUAUUUGAAAUGUAAACCAGGGUUUAAGCUCCUUCAAAUGUACAUUUUAGGGAGCAUUAGAAAUCAAAUUAAUAUUUUUCUGUAAGUCCUGUACAGGUUUAAUAAGGGAAAUUACUAGAAAACUGACACUGUUUGCAUAAAUUAAUUUAGACAAGCCAUUUUACAGUUCGGUGUAAUGAUGAUUAAACAUGUUGAUUAUUGUAAGGCUGAGUAUGGGAUUUGAAUACUUUAUUAUUGAUUAUUAUACUCCUUUCUUGAAUAUAUCAAGAACGUUUACAAUAAUCAAAUGCUUCAAAUAGCAUCAGUAAUAUUCAGCUGUCAAAUGCUAUGGUUAUUUUUUGUUUUUACAUUUUAUUAGUAGUUAAUAUUUUAUCAAUUAUUGAUGUUAAAAUAUUUUCGAAAUGUAUAAUUUCUGUAUAAUUAUAUUGUAAAUUAAGUCAUUCAAUCAAUGCAAUUAUUAGCAAUAAAUGCUCUGGGUUACUGUAUUAAUAAAUCCGUUUUCCAUGACAAA